CUGGGUCUGCGCCUGCGUGAGGGCCAUGGCAGCCCGUCGCACCUGAGGAGGGUGGGAGGCGGUGGUGUCCCCUUCCCUGCGGCGGGCGGGAGAGUUAGAUAGCGACCUAAGAAAAGACCAUGAAAGAUACUGACAUCAAGAGACUUCUGUAUACCAAUCUUUUGUGCAUAUUUUCAAUUGUCCUAAGCAUUUUUAUUCCAUCUGUCUUCUUGGAUAACUUCUCGAUAUUGGAAACUCACUUGACCUGGUUGUGCAUUUGUUCUGCUUUUGUGACUGGUGUCAAUCUCGUGCUAUAUUUAGUAGUGAAACCAAAUGUAUCUUCUAGAAGAAGUUCAUUAUCACAUAAGGUAACCAGGGUUUUGAAGUGCUGCAUCUACUUUCUUCUGUCUUGUUUUUUCCUUCAUAUCAUUUUUGUUCUGUAUGGAGCACCGCUAAUAGAGUUGAUGGUGGAAACAUUUUUAUUUGCAGUUAUUUUGUCUGCUUUUACUACAGUACCUUGUUUGUGUUUGCUAGGACCAAACCUCAAAGCAUGGCUGAGAGUGUUCAGUAGAAAUGGAGUUACAUCCAUUUGGGAGAACAGUCUUCAGAUCACUACAAUUUCAAGUUUUAUAGGAGCAUGGCUUGGAGCAUUUCCUAUUCCACUGGACUGGGAAAGACCAUGGCAGGUGUGGCCCAUCUCCUGUACACUCGGAGCAACCUUUGGCUACGUGGCUGGCCUGGUGAGCUCACCACUCUGGAUAUACUGGAAUAGAAAGCAACUCACAUACAAGAGCAGUUAAGAGGAGGAAGGGGAGA